AUGCCCGUCUCUCGCACCGCUGGCCGCUGCGUCGCCGUGCAGCGGCGAUUCUUGGGGCUCUCCGCGCUGUCUCCUUUCAACAGCAGCUCAGCGCUCACCGACUCCGCUCGAUUCACGUGCACCGCCGAGGCGGAUCGAGAUCAUGCUUCAUCCGGCUUCUCGACUGACGUGUGCGCGGGCACAUCCUUCGAGAGGUGCCGGGAGCAGAACAGCAGUAGAGGCGACCGUUGCAACAGUGUCCCAAAGCGAGGCGGAGGGACUACGACUGGGCUGGGCCGUCCUCAAGGGAGCUCCAAUGUGCAUGUCUUCUCCCGGCCAGCGCAGCAGCUCAGCGCCGCGCAACUGGCCCACUUUACUCAUUUGAGAGGACUGCUACGGCGUCUGUCCAGCCGUCGGCGAGCGCCAAGCAACGCCGCGGAGGAAGCCUCCAGGGCUGCUGCAGCGCACCACCUGCUCUCCCGAGAGGAGGAAAGUGGUUCACAGCCGCCUCAAACUUGGACCUCAACGGAGCCGGGGGACUCAUUUCAUACCGAGUUGUUCGUCGUGAGUCGCGUGAUCGCUUCUCCCCAGCACCCUGCCCUUCCUGCGGGGAGGGGCGCUUCUGCCUGCGGUGACGAAGUCUUCACAGGGGUCAACCAUGCGUUUCACAAGCGUGUCAACCCCGCCGGGGCGACGCUGCGUGGAAUCUUGAAGGGCUGUGCGGAGCAGAACGCGCUCGGCGCUGCGGCUGCCAGCGGCUGUAUCUACGCCGACGUUGCAGACGUGUUUCUACUCGCUGCUCGCUGUUUGCCUAUGACGCCCUACCACGCUUUGGAGUCGGGCAAAAAGACCGCUGCGCCGGCAUCAGCCGUAUGCGGCUCUUGUGCAACGGCCUGUUGCGAUGCAGGCCCGGCCGCGGCGCAGGCCGUCGCAAUCUUUCCCUGCCCAGAGUGCUGGAAUCAUUUGUGCCACGUGGCGCGUGCGCGUCUUCAAGAUAAGCGUACGCCGCUGCGCUUGUUCGUCUACGCCGCCUCGCCGGCUGUCACGGUGCACCUCUUUGCUGUUGCGCAGCAGCGCAUGAAGAUGAUGGAGGCGCCUAUGGACGUCUGCAUUGUGUCGGGCUAG